AUGGCUCCCAUCAAAUCCUACGAAAUGGUCACGACAAACCUCAAGCGUACAAAAGCCGAACUCAGAGAUGUCAGCACCGGCACAGCAGCUUACGAAGUGGAUCUUUCCUUCACAACUACAGACAUGCGCUCUGCAAAACCCGGUCGCCAUGGUAUAGUCCUCCAGACACCAUCUUCAUCCGACCACCAAGUCCUCGGCACCUGCGACUUUUCCUUCAGCUCCACAACCACACCCAUUCACCUCGGUUUCGGCGAUCCUGUAUCCUCUCCAGAAACCGUAAUCUGGGAAGACAUGCACAUCCGCGAAGUACUCAAACAAUCAGGAUUCGAACUCAGCAUCGAUCUCGGUGGUGACAUUGGACGCAACGUCUUUCAAUGGAAGCGCACGGCUGAGAUCGAGAGCAAAUCGACAUUGAGCCAGAAGAUGGAUUGGCUGCAUCUAAAGAUGGUCGAGGUGGAAAGUGGUGCAGUAGUUGCGAGAUUUGUGCACAAUUUUAUGUUUGGGAGCAAGAGAGGCACAUUUGAACUUGAAGAGUUCGAGGGUGGCAGUGAUUGGGAUAGAGUCGUUUUGUUGGGUGGGUUGGCGGUGCUGGAGUAUAUGAGGAAGAGUCAGGGGUGGUCGUGGUGA